UAGUGUUCGUCAGCGGCUGGAGGUUCCGUUCCCCAGGCGAAAUGGCGGAGGCUGCGGUGCUGGCGUGGGUUCGCGGCCCCGGAACCGGGUGCAAGGCGCUGCCGUGGGCCUCGGCUAGGUGCUCUGUGCGGGAUGUUGUCUACCGACACUGCCAGGAACAGGGAAUCCCUGUGGACUGCUUCUUUGUGAAAUGCAACGGAGUCCUCGUUGCCCCCAGUGACACCGUGCAGCAUGGAGCUGUGUACAGUUUGGAGCCCAGACUUUGUGGGGGGAAAGGAGGUUUUGGGUCUAUGCUUCGAGCACUUGGUGCACAGAUAGAGAAGACAACCAAUCGUGAAGCCUGCCGGGAUCUCAGUGGGAGGAGAUUACGAGAUGUCAAUCAUGAGAAAGCGAUGGCCGAGUGGGUCAAGCAGCAAGCUGAGCGGGAGGCUGAGAAGGAGCAGAGGCGCCUGGAGAGACUGCAGAGAAAGCUCGCCGAGCCUAAGCACUGCUUCAGCAGCCCCGACUACCAGAGGCAGUGCCAUGAGAUGGCUGAGCGUCUGGAGGACUCUGUCCUCAAAGGUAUGCAGGCUGCCUCCAGCAAGAUGGUGUCAGCAGACAUCAGUGAGACACGGAAGCGGCCUAACAAGUCGAAGGCAGGCCAGGGAGCUGGUGCAAAGAAAAAGAAGUGCUUCUGGUUGGGCAUGGAAGGACUGGAGGCUUCCGAGGGGUCCAGUGCUGGAAGCUCAGAUGACGACAGCGACGAAGUCUCUGGUACUUCUGGGCUGAACUGCAGUGCUCCAGAACAUGGUAGUGACAGUUUUGAGGUGGUAGCCAGCUGUCCUUGCAGUCCUCAGCGCUCAGGACUGAGUACACACUCUGAGGCACCGGAAGAGCUGCAGAAAACCAUGACUGACCCUGGGCAGGACAUUGUGGAGAACACACAAACUGAGUGGGGAGAGACAUCUUCCGGGGAGCACAAUGAAAGGAAGAUGGUCACAGAAACAGAAGAUGUCCCAGCAAAGAAGGAGACAGAGAGUCCCAAACCCACACAAAAGGACCAAGAGACAGGAGUGACUGGUAGAGAUAGAAUUGCCGUGGAGCUAUCCGGAGAAGAUAGGAAAAGCGUCCCUGUUGCUAACCUGGAGGGAAGCCACUCAGGAGACACACAGGCUCUCGGUCGGGAAGCUGUGGAUCUGUUUGCAUUCAGCUCCGCGGCAGAGUUGGAGUCACUGGGUUUGGAGAGGCUCAAGUGUGAGCUGAUGGCCCUUGGACUGAAGUGCGGGGGCACCCUGCAGGAACGCGCAGCCAGGCUCUUCUCUGUCAGGGGCUUGGCAAAGGAGCAUAUUGACCCUGCUUUAUUUGCCAAACCUUCGAAAGGGAAGAAGAAAUGAAUUUCCUCACAGCUUUCAUGUGUUUGACCCUUCCUCUGACUUGAUGUGGACUGUGGCCAAUGUUCCUAUUGAUACUAAAAGUCAUUUUUUUAAUAA